AUGGUGAACAUUGAUGAGAUGGCCAUGGGGGACUACAAGAAAUGCAUUCGAGAUGAUGUUGGGUCGGUUUUAGUACAUCCUACAGUUCCUGCCAAUGCCACAUUCGAGUUGAAGGGACAUAUCCUUAUUGCACUUAAGGAUAUCCCAUUUUACAAGAAGGAUCACGAGGAUGCUUUCAAACACUUAGACGGGGUGAACAAUAUUGCGGAUUUUUUUAAUACUCCCAAUAUCCCCAGGGAGACAGCUUUGCUAAGGAUGCUACCAGUCACUUUCAAGGGAGCAGCAAAAGACUGGUUGAAGGCACUACCACCUGGUACAAUCACCACAUGGGCCCAAUUACGUGAGAGAUUUCUAGAUCAGUUUUGUCCACCCUCCAAAAUCUCUAAACUCAAGAAGGCAAUUGCCAACUUUGAGCAAAAUCUGGGGGAGUCAUUAUAUGAGGCCUCGGAACGCUACAAGGGGUUGUUAAGGAAUUAUCCUCAACAUGACCUCAAUAUUCAGCAAGAGAUGUUAAUAUUUUAUGAUGAGGUGAAUGUUAUGGCUAGACAACUCCUUGAUUCGCAAGGACCACUAACGAAGAAGAACCUAAAUCAGGCCAAGGAGCUGAUUGAAGAGUUUUCAAGGCACUCUCGUGAGUAUCACAACCCAGGGCGUGAUGGGAUAAAAGGCAGUGGAGGUACACAAACUGAAGAGAUGGGUGUUGUGAUGGCAAUGAUUAGCACUAUGGAUAGGAGAUUGACUCAAUUGGACCAAUCAAUUCAUGUAAUUCGAGUUGGUUGCGAGAGAUGUAGUGGCCCACACUUGACAAAGGAUUGCAAAAUGGAUGAAUAUGGAAGCAAGAAAGCUCAAGUAUGUAACUCGAGUGGGGACAAGCAAACUGGACGGGGAUUCUACCAAAGAGAGCAACCACUAGUUGAGAAGAAAUCAGAAUUAGAGACCAUGUUGAUGAAAUUCAUGGAAGCUUCAGAAAAAAGACAUGAUGCUACUGAAGCUGCAAUGGAAGAACAAAGAAAUAUUCCGAAAAAUCCUGAAAACAAAACCCAAUCUCACGUAAUAGCCAUAGAUAUUGAAGAAGAGGCGAUUUCUGAGUUCCUAGAAGCCUUACAAGUGGAGCCACAGCAGCCCGAUCCAAAGCAAAAGAAGCAAAAGCUAGAAAUUGAAGAAUCUGUUGGAACACCCAGUUCACGUCGUGAGCCCGCUAUGCUCACGUCGUGGGCUCAGUCUGAACAGAAGAAAUCCGUAUCUGUUCCAGCUUAUGAACCACCUUUGCCAUUCCCGUCUAGAGCUAAUCUCAGUCCACUAGAGAGAGAACAUCUGGAGUUUAUCAAGCAAUUAAAGGGUAUUCCUAUCAAUACUCCUUUUAUUGAUUCACUUGCAAUAAUUCCAGAAUAUGCUAAGUUCUUACAAUAUUUAUUAGACACUCGUCAACAAUUAAAGGAGAAUUUGAAGUUCAUCCUAAGUGAGCAAAGCUCAAAAGCUGUGUUGGGGGAAAUACCUAAGAAGAUGGGGGAUCCUGGACGACUCACUCUCCCAUGUGAGUUCGAGAAUAAUAUGAAGGCUACAAAGGUGACUAUUCACAUGGCGAACCGUUCAGUAAUGCAACCCCGACGCAAUGUGGAAGAUAUUUUAGUAAAAAUUAGGAAAUUCAUUUUUCCAAUAGACUUUGUGGUAUUGCAUAUGAAAGAAGAUCCCAAUGUAGCGAUUAUUCUUGGUCGCCCGCUACUAAACACUGUUGGAGCUCUUAUUGAUAUUCGGGAGUCUAAGCUCACAUUGAGGGUUGGUGAUGAAAAGGAAAUUUUUGGGAUAAAAUAUGGCUUUCAAGGGAAUCAUGCUCAAGAAGAGGUUUUCAACGUUGAUGAAGAAAAUGAACUUGAAGAAUUAGAGAAGCUCAUGGAAGAAGAAAUCAAAACAAUUCAACAAGUUAAAAGAACAAAAACGAGAGCAUCUAUUCCAUUUUUAGUUGAAGUCAUUGCCUACACGAAUCCAACUUCUUGGGUGAGCAAGGAAGAUGAUGAGAUGACGAGUGAUGAAGAGGAGGUUACUUCAAAAAUGACAAGUCCAGUGGUAAAGGAAGAAAAGGAUACUAUGGAGUAUAAGUAUGAAGACAAUAUAGAGACUAAAGGGACCAAACGCAAGCUUGAUGGAGACGAGGUCAAGGCUAAGAAGGAAAAUUCGAAAAAGGCGUAUAAAAGACGAGUUCAAGCUUACAAGUGGCGUUUCAAGGAACAAAAGAUUCUAGUGGUGGACUCUUCAGAUGAUUCAACAUAG